CUCGUGGUCAGAGAUCAGGACAGGAUCGUCGGGAAGGACGGACGGGGGGAAAGAUGGAGCCCAUGCCCACAGCGGGCUCCGGGGAGCCCAAGGAGAGGAGGAAGAUCCAGUUCUCGGUACCGGCGCCUAUGCCCAGCCAGCUGGACCCGAGGCAGGUGGAGAUGAUCCGUCGCAGAAGGCCAACCCCGGCCACCCUCUUCAGAGUUUCAGACAAUCCGUCCCCAGAGGAAGAACAUAUCUCUCAUCAGUGGGUCGUAGGAGAGAAUGGAAUCCUGAAACCCAAGCGCUCCAACCCCUGCGUGUACCACCCCCCUUCGCUGAGAGCGGUGCAGCGGAUGGCUCAGGCUCACAUGCAGGCGUUGGGCGCGUCCCCCCCGCUGGAGGACCCCCCCGAGGGGGUGGAGAGCGAGGACGGCCCCCCUGAGGCAGAGAUGUGUGAGGACAGUCCCUGCACCCCCGCAGAGAGCCCGGAGGAAACAAAAUCUGAUCCGGAGAGCGGAGCCUUCGAUGAGCAACAGGACCCACUCCUGACAGGGUCAGAGGUCACCACAGAGGAAGAGGCCGUCCCCCAGACCCCAGAACCUCUUGGCAAACCAAGUGCGGAGAGAGAAGGAGAGGAGAGUGAAGAGAGAGCGAGAGGGGAGUGACAGAGAGACAGACAAGGAGGGGGAAAGGGGGAGGAAUCAGAGAGACAGGAAGAACUGAGAAAGAGGAUGCUGCGAGAUUGGAGCAGAAUGAACAGAGGUGGGAGGGAAUGUGGGUGUAAGAGACCGAAUUGCCCUGUGGAUAGGAAGUGACUUCCCUUACAGUGAGCAGUUUGUGGAGGUGGCCUAGUCUGCUCCUGUCUGUCUGCUUGUCAGCCACUACACACGGAUAGACGUUUCACUUUUGGUGACCUCUCCCAAUGUGCCGAAAAUAAGAUGGUGCACAGGGGCAGGGAGGCAUGUUCAUCCAAACAGGUGUUCCCAUUAUAGAGAGGCCCAUUCAAACCAUAGCUUCUUUCUGUAUUCAAACCAUAGCUUCUUUCUGUAAAACAUCAAACUGGUACAAUGGGUCCUAACUAUGAAGAAGGCUUUUUAUAUAUAAGUAGAUGGACAGAUAAAUCCCAGCUCUAUGGAAAUGAGAGGUAUGUUUGCAACACAUCACCAAUAACAAAAUGGUGCAGCUGCACGUAAGGGAAGGCUGACACACCAUAGGUACAGGAAUGGUAGGGACAGCGCCACUCAAUUUGGAGGUGCUCAUUUUCAUAUGGCAGAACCUCCUGCAUCUAUUCUGUAUAAUACAACAUGCCCACAACUCCAGCAACUUUGUGCUGGCUCACGCGUGUGCAGAAUCCCACACAGCCAGCUAACAGUGAAGCCUGUGGUCACGCAAACAGCUGACAGCACUGCGGAUGGAGGUAACGUUGGCUGAGCUGCACCACGAUGCUGGAGACUGUGCAGCGAGCACCUGAGCUUGUGUUUCUCUCUAGUUCAGCACUGAGCGCCAGUCAGUCAGGCACUCUCCUGCAGUGACACGCUACAGCACUGGGAAGACAACACACAGCAAGUCCUUCCUGCUCUGCUUCACACUCACCCCACAAACAUAUACAGAUCGCAUUCAUACCAUUCCCUUUUCUGUCAUGUCCCUGCUGGCAUUGAUACCGUGUGUCUGGUCUCCGUGUGUCCAGAUUCGGCCGGGUGCCUGGUUCCCUCAAGACGCUGCAGCUCCCUGUAGUUUAGCAAACACAGGGCCUGGAGGAGGGAGACUGCAGCUUAGUGCACACCAGUUCUGUCUUUCCCAAUUGAGAAAAACUAAAAUCAGUUUAAAUAGAUCUCGUUAAAUCAAUUUCUUUCAGAAUUCCCAUUAAAAUGGGAUCUUGUAUGGCAGGACUUUUCAACUCCACACCCUUACAGUCCACUUUAUUGCCUCCUGAUAAUCCUACGCUUAGUACCUAUGGAAUGAGUGGGAAGCAGCUGACUUGGUUAUAGUUCAGACAUUAGGUUGUUCCCCUCCUUUGCAAACAUUGUUUUGCAAGGAAGAGAAUGCUUUAUGUAUGUGGCCCACAGCCCUGUGUUCAUGAGGCUCAGACCUGUGCGCCACAUCGACAUGCCUCCCCCUUGUGCAUUUCCUGUGCAAACGGUUUUGGAGACGUCUCUUCACUGCAGCAGUUGCUGCCUGGAACAGAGAGCUGAUUCGGGAAGAGGAAAGUUGCGCGUGGGCAUCUGCUCAGAACAAAUCUGUGAGGUUCCGAAGCGAGGCAGCUGGCGAGCUAUCAGGGCCCAGCCGAAAAUGGCACAAACUGCUCCUUUAAAGGUGAAUGACUGUGGUUGCCCACAGGACAAGACCUUUUUUGAGCAUUUCCAUUUUUACUAUCAUUGUUGUUAUUAUUUGAAUUGUUGUACUAUUGUUUCUGUAACUACUUCUCUUUUUUAACCAUUAUUACUGUCAUUAUUAUAGUCGUAAGUAUGGCUGUCAUGGCUGAUGUAAUCCUCCUUUA